AUGCCUGAAAACGAAGGGCACCUAAGCACCAAGAGGCCCCCCUUCGCCGACCGCACCAGCCUCCUCCGCCGUCUCAUCGCGCAAGACUCCCGCGAUGAACUCAAACGCGUCCUAGAGAUGGACGGUCCGGAAAGGAACACAGCCUUACCCAGCUCGCAACAUCUGCGGCCCGAGCAAGGUGACAAUGGCGUGUACGCACUUCUGAAGCUGGCCAUCGCCCACGACGCCGUGUCUUGCUUCGGCUUGCUCAUUCGCUGGGCCGACACCGACGCCGACGCCGACGCAGCCCCCAGACAAGAACAGCAACAACAACCCAACAAACCCCGCUUCGACCUCGAGCGCGUGUACCGCGCCGCCCGCCGCGCCGCCCUCCGCGACGGCCGCCUCCGCUGCCUGCUGUAUCUGCACGACCGGGACCGCAAGCGCCACGGCGGCGGCGGCGGCGGCGGCGGCGGCGUCCUAGGUGACCCGGCCGAGCUGUACGCCACCCUCCUCGAGCGCGCCCGCUCGCCCGCCGCGGUCGUCUGGCUGGCCCGCCGCUUGCUUCCCGCUUCGACGGUGGCCGACUACGGGGAGAUUCUGGCCGCGCAGUGCGCGGAUCCGUAUGCGCAGCCAGCAGUGGUGGAGAUGCUGGUCGGAUUGGUGGUCCCUCCUCCGGCUCCGGGCCGCCGCCGGGGAAAAGUAGUAGAAGAAGAAGAAGAUGACGAUGAUGAUGAUGAUGAUGAUGACAAAGAAGAAGUAAUAGGAGACGGGUGCCCGGCGCUAUCUCCGGCGCUGUGUGCGGCCGCGGGCGCGCUGCGCGUGUCCGUCAUCGAGGUGCUGCUGAGGUACCGGCCUCGAGCGUUUGCGGCCGUCGCGGAGCUGGGCGUGGACGCGGCGGCGGAGCGCGGCGAGAACCCGCUCCUGUGCGCGCUGGCGCAUCCGCUGCCGGGGAAGCCCGAGCGUCCUCCGGUCCCGAUCGAUUCUGUUGCCAUCGACGGCGGCGACGAGGAUGAAACAGCGCGGGCGGAGGAGGAGGACGCGGCAAGCGAGCUUGGUGGUGUGGAGGAGGAAGAUGAUGAGGAGGCCGUGGUAGCCGAGCUGAAGAAGAGAUGGACAACCGAGACGAGGCAUGUCGCCGCGGCCAUGCACGUUGUCGUGCGCCGCCUCGUCGAGCUCGCGCGCGUCGAGUUGCGAGCGCCCGAGUGCCAGCAGCUGCUCGCGGACCUGCUCGACCAGGCCGCCAUGGUGUAUGCAUUCUGCCUCAGGGAGUUCCUCCUCCGCAACCUCCCCUGGCUGCUAGCGUACCAUCCCAUGCUGAGGGUGAGCCUGCUAAGCCCCAACAAGUCCAGCGCGUCUACCGGCGCCCGUAAUGCCGCCGGCUGCAGGGAGGAUGAUACCCUGUACACGAACGAGGAGAUUCACGGACACCCAGAGAGAAGAGAGCCGGACGUGGAGCAAGAAGUGAGCUUCACCUGGGUCAAGGGGCUCGACCCCAAAUGGGCGAGGGGCGCAUUGGAGUGCUGCCUGAUGGGCUCAAUGCAGGAUCUGGUUAAGGUGUGGAAUCUCUUGUUUACGCCGACAACGGCAGAUGCAGCCGAGAAAUAUCUCGGGGUCCGCCUGAAAAGUUUGGGUGGCCAUGAUCCCGUUGAACUGUUGUGGGCAUUGCUCUUGUCCGAGGGAGAAGCAGCCUCACCUCUCUUUUCUCCUCAAAUACGGACUUAG